GAGUGCACUGAACUCUGACAAGCUGCUGGCAAACAAGUCCCUCUAUGCUACUAAAACAGUAUAUAGAUAGUCCAAAUCUAAAAUCUAUUUCAACGUUUCUCACUUUGAGAAUGUGUGACGUUUCUGUGAAGAUGCACUGAAGACAAAGAAAAAGAUGGAAGUGGAGGAGACUGGUGAAACAAAGACUUCCUGGUCUGCGCAAGGGGAGACGCCCUCCAUCAUUUGUGACCAUGCAGGGAAGAAGAGAAAACAAGAUCCGGCCCCUGAAACUGUGAUCAGAAUCCUGGAGGAUGAAGAGGAUGACGAGGAGGGUGCGAUGAUAUCCGACCACAUGAAGGAUUCAGAGGAGCCCAGCAAUAAAAGGGUCAAACCUGUGGCAAAGUCCAACAGCCUCACAGGUGUCUUAACCCCAGUAAAGACCCCGGCUCUGAAACGCAUCGGGCAAUCCAUUUCGCGGUCUAUCAGUUUUCGCACAGAGGCUCGACCUUUGCCCCCGGCCCUGCGCCCUCGCUCGAAGGCCUCGUCAUUCCCACGCCGGCGCAACAGCCAAUGCUGGAGUGAUACUGUGGAGAGCCAUGACCUCACCGCAAAGGAGAUCAAACGUCAAGAGGUGAUCUAUGAGCUGACUCAGGGAGAGAGGCAACUCAUUGAGGACCUCAGUCUGGUUAAGAAGGUGUACUAUGAGCCCAUGUUGAAGUUGGACAUCAUGACAGAGAGUGAGCUUGGAAAGAUCUUUGGUACACUGGACUCUCUCAUUCCACUCCAUCAAGAACUUCUUACUCGUCUUGAGCGGCUGAGGGGAUCAGAGAAGACGGUCGGAGAGGUGGGACCUACUCUGACAAAUUGGUUCCCUUGCCUGGAGGCCUACGUUACAUAUUGCUGUAACCAGGUGGGAGCUAAAGCACUGCUUGACCAGAAAAAGCAUGAGAAAAGAGUGGAGCACUUCCUGCGCCUGUGUCAGGAGUCUUCAUUCAGCAGGAAACUGGACCUGUGGAACUUCCUGGAUCUGCCCCGGAGCCGUUUGGUCAAAUACCCUCUGUUGUUGAAAGAGAUACAGAAGUGCACACCUCCAGACCACCCGGAUGAGGACACAUUGCCUGAUGCUCUGGAGAUGAUCCAGAGCAUCGUGGCGGAGGUGAACAAGAAGACAGGAGAGGCGGAGUGUCAGUUCUACAGGCGGGGUCUGGCCUACCUCGAAGACAGUCAGAGACUGCCAGAGAUCCAGCAGUCCCGCUUCCUCUACUGCCACGGAGAACUCAAGAACAACAAGGGCCAGCGGCUGCACGUCUUCCUGUUUGAGCUGGCUUUGGUGCUGAGCAGGCCCGGGGAGGACAGAGAUGGAGGUCAGGUGUUCCAUGUGUACAGACAGCCUCUGCCCAAUAACAUGAUACAUCUGGAGGAGAUCCCAGAUGGGGAGGCUGGUGGAGGGGGCACCUUCAGGGGAGCCUUCACUGGAGGAAAUGAUAAAGUGAGGAACUGUUUCCGUGUGAGCAGCAGAGGGCGCUCCAAAGCUCACUCUUACAGCCUGCAGGCCAACGACUCCUUCAGCAAGCAGCAGUGGAUCACCUGCCUGCGCCAAGCCAUUGUCCAGUCACGAGACAGCACUGCCCAGACCCGCCAGUCGCAGCUCUCCCCUCACCCCGAUCCCGCCCUCUAUCACAUAGCCGAGCUCAGCCUCAGCUCGGACGCAGAAAUGGCAGACCAUACCAGUCGCUGACUGUAAGACUGAUCGUCAGGAGGCCUGGGGACAUUCUAUAUAUCUGUACAUUGACAUUGGAGGAAACAAAAUAAUGACUAUCUGUGAAAGAUGGUUGUGCUUACACACGCAUAGAAUUUCCUAUAAGGAUAAUUUUCUCUUUUUGCAUUUUCUGAUGGAUUGUGUGAUGGGGGAUGUGUACUGUACAGCUUGGGAACAGUAUUACUGAAUGUGAAUUUACUGUGUAAAAUGUUUCUGUGUUCAUUUUUUUUUUAAAAUAAACUGACACUUAAAGGUU